GGAAAUCCAGUAGGGUUCGGGUUCUGAGAAAACGACUCGAUCCGAGUCGAAGCAGAUAUCCUGGAAGGUCCCCGUGGAAGACGGUGCGGCUGCUUGUCCCGUAGGUAUCGCCCCGUCUGACAACCCGCAGCACCUGGAGGACAAAGGAGCAGCAGAGAGCAGCGGGUCAGCCGCCAGCAAGACUUAGGCUGGAGAAGACGGCCUCCACCUGCGCCGAUCGCUCGAGGCACAGCCAAGACUCCAGCCAACCCCCUGACCGGGCCGAAGGAAGUCGCCGGAGCGGAUCGCCACGGGCACGCGGCCGGCGCGCAAAGGAGGGCCUUCCUCCGAAGGGUGAAACGGAGCGCUGCCGUUUAAUGAGCUGCAAGAGGGGGCCUUGCUGCUGACCGUCCGUGGAGAAGAGGAUCAAUCGUCCAUCCAUCUGGCUUGAUGUACAUGUUUCUGGGCAGUACUCCGAGGAGAGCCUACCACGGAAUCCAAAACGGCUGCCGGGGAAAGACCGUCAAGCAUGCCCACAGAAACACUACAGACAGAUAGCAUGGUGAAGCCCGGGGGCCAGGCCACCACCUUCGCCUCGGCCGUGCCCCUCCGCAUUCUCAACAAGGGGCCGGACUACUUCCGCAGACAGGCGGAGCCCAACCCCAAGCGGCUUAGUGCGGUGGAGCGGCUGGAGGCCGACAAGGCCAAGUACGUGAAGAGCCAGGAGGUGAUCAACGCCAAGCAGGAGCCCGUCAAACCGGCCGUGCUGCCCAAGCCGCUGGCGUGUCCCGCAGCGAAGCGAGCCGGCAGCAGCCCCGCCCUGAAGGCCUCCAACAACAACUCCAAGUCCGACACCUGCGUAAAGAGGGAGAACCUCAACCUGGAGGUGCUGAAGAAUAUCCUGAACAGCUCGGAGGGCUCGUCUGCAGGGCCGGCGCACAAGCACAGCGCCCGGAGCUGGACCCCGCAGCGCUCGGAGUCGGCCGAACUCAACCGGCGCUCCUUCGCCGAGUCCCUGAAAGUCUUCCCCACGCAGGGAGCCUCCAGCCCCCAGGGGAACAACUUGAACCUCAGCAGGCGUCUCCUGGAGGAGCAGUCCAGCGAUUCGUCCCUGCACGUGUCCCAUAGCUCCUCCGAUAUCCGGAGGAUAUGCAACGGCAAGUCGCAGAGGCCCGCUCCGAGCAGUAGCUCCGCCCCGCCGCUCCCACCCAAGCCCAACCUCGCGGGCUCCGGCACGCUCAUGUCCCCGGACGGCGAGGCGGCGGAGCCCGGCAGCACCGUCAGCCGGAGGCCCUCUCUGCACAGGUCCAAGUCGGACCUGAGCGACAGGUACGCGCGGGCCGGCGCCGACGUCGAACGCUUUUUCAAUUACUGCGGACUGGACCCCGAGGAGCUGGAGAACUUUGGCGUGGAGAACUUCACCCGGGCCAACUCGGACAUCAUCUCGCUGAACUUCCGCAGCGCGAGCAUGAUCAGCUCGGACUGCGACCAGUCGCGGCACAGCAACGACGACCUGACGGACGACGAGGACGCCAACGAGCGAGUGCCCUACGGCAUUUCGGCGGUCGAGAGGAACGCCAGGGUCAUCAAGUGGCUCUACAGCAUCAAGCAAGCGAGAGAAUCUCAGAAGGUGUCUCACGUUUGAGGAAAGAACCCCCCCUUGUGUAUGUUAAUUAUUUUGAAAGCAGUGUAUUUGUCUGUGAAUCUUGAAUUCGGUGGUGAAGUCUUAAGUUCGCAGUUGCUCAGUCGCUUUGCGUUCAGUGUGCAAUGUCUUCAGAACCUGCAUGCUUCUUGACAUGCGACCCGACUCGGCCUCAACUUAGACGCGAACCUACAACUCGUAAAGAUGGCUGCCAUUUCAAGCCCUCUGACUUAAGGUGACAGUAUUUUAGCUUUGUUUUAUUUUGUCCUUUGUGUUUUUUUUUUUUUUUUUUUCCUCUCUUUUCUUACGUCAGACAAUAUGGUGUGAGCUACUCUUCGUGUUCUUGGUACGACAUAACGUUGGCUUCCCGAUGGUGUCUCCGCGUACUGAGCCUGCGUGAACCAUGUAGCCAUAUCGGUGUACGAGCGACAGUCGGUCGGACGCGGCCGUGCUCUGUAUAUAUAGACCCCCGGGCCGUAGAAGCAUGUUGCCGCCCAGGCCAGCUGUGCACACGGAGCCGUGUUCCUCCUCCAUCCGAGCUCCUCGAUUCUCGCACCGGUGACAUGCUGCAGACAGUAUUGUACAACCACGAGCCUCCCGUACUUCGCGUCCCAUCCGCACCAUUUCCAGCCACACUCUUCCCAUCACUACACUCCUCUACUUUGUGGUACUAAAGACGGGACAUCAAUUUUGUCGUGUGGCCCCUGCCUCAUUUUUUUUUAGUGUUUGUGUGUCAAGUAGAUGGCAGAACUGCUCCGUUUCAUUGGAGAAUCCAGUUUUCUUUCCCCCCCCUUGUAAAUGCUGUAAGGAUAUGUAAAUAACUUCUAAGUUGUUACCAAAUCUGUAAAGAGGAGUCUGAUAUGCUAAUAAAUAGCUCUUGAGGCAAUUAUUCUUUGCUUUGUUUUGCAUUCCCAGAGUAUGUUUGAUAUUCUGUUGAUAAUAAAA